ACGUUUAUGUGUGGCAUAACUAACAAACGAAUGUAAAAAUCCUGUUUCGUUUAGGUUAUAUUAACCAAACAUUAUUUUUAUAAUUAAAUUCAUCUAAUUUUGUAUUGUUAUGUUUUGAAAUUAAAGUAAUAUUCAGAUUCGAAAAGAAGUAUUGGCCAUGGCUUCUCAGUUAUCACGUAGAGAUGUUGAGGAUAUGAAGUCCUCUAUUGAUAAAACUAUACACAAAGUUGUAGGAAGUUCAGAUUCCUUGAUUUAUAAUACCGUAGAAAAAUGUUUAUUGAAUGGUUAUGAUAGAAGAAAAAUAGUAGAUAAGUUGACUUCUGUAAUAGACAGCAAGAAAGCUAGCAGAUUGGCUGAUAAACUACAAGAUCUUUUGGAUGAUUUAAGGCAUAGCCAAAAGUCUAAAAAAAGAUCCCACGAUGCUGAUUCUAGAGAUAGAGAUUCCAAAAAACUUCGCAAAGAAGAAAAUGAUAAAACCGAUACCGACAAGAAAAAGGAAAAUAGUGCUGAUAAACCACCUGAAGAAUUAUCACCAAUGAAAAUCAAAGAAAUGAUGAAAACAGCCCAGCGUGAAAUUGAGGAACGCAAAAAGUCUUUACUAGAAUUAAGAAAUAAAACUCAACCUAAAGUGCCAAUGAAGUUGCCUCCUCCUCAAUUAGUUAAACCUACAAUGCUCGGGCCUCAAGUGGGCUUGUUGAAAAGAGAAGAUGCUGAAAAAGCAAGAAAAAUUGCUCAACUACAAGCUCAAAUUCAAUCAAAAUUAGCUAGUGGGAUAAUAAUGCAAGGAUUGAUAUCACAGCCACCUCCUAUUGAUAAGCCUAAACCUUUAAUUUUGGAUGAUAAAGGUAAUACUAUUGAUGUAACUGGAAAAGCUAUUCAGUUAACACAUGUUGCGCCAACACUAAAAGCUAAUAUUAGAGCUAAAAAGCGUGAGGAAUUUAAAACUCAAUUAAACGACAAAACUGGUGAUGAUUUAUCUGAGAACAGUUUCUUUGAUAGUAGAAUUGGUGCUAAACCUUCCGUAAGGAAUAAACGAGCUCUGAAAUUUAAUGAACCUGGUAAAUUUCAACAAAUUGCUGAUAGAAUACGAAUGAAGGCGCAAUUAGAAAAAUUACAAAAUGAAAUUUCUCAAAUAGCUAGGAAAACUGGUAUUUCGUCCGCCACAAAAUUAGCAUUAAUAGCUCCAAAAAGUGAAUUGCAAACUGAUGACAUACCUCAUAUAGAAUGGUGGGAUUCAGUAAUUGCAAAAGAUGAUUUGAAUACGAUGGAUGGUGAUAAUAUAGCUAUCAGGCAGUUUUCAAUAACUAAUUUAGUAGAACAUCCAACACAAAUGAGACCUCCAACAGAAACCAAUAAACCAGUUUACAUGCCUGUUUUCUUGACUAAGAAGGAAAGGAAAAAACUUCGAAGGCAAAAUCGACGUGAGGCUUGGAAAGAAGAACAAGAAAAAAUUCGUUUGGGCCUAGAAGCACCACCAGAACCUAAAUUAAGAAUUUCGAAUCUCAUGCGAAUCUUGGGAACAGAAGCUGUUCAAGAUCCAACUAAAAUUGAAGCUCACGUUAGAGAUCAAAUGGCCAAAAGACAGAAGGCACAUGAACAAGCAAAUGCUGCAAGGAGGCUAACAGACACUCAGAGACGCGAGAAAAAAAUAAAAAAAUUGAAAGAAGAUACUUCUGGUGGAGUACAUGUUGCUGUUUAUAGAGUUAGAGAUUUGCAUGAAAAUGCUAGUAAGAAAUUCAAAGUAGAAACAAAUGCCAAACAAUUGUAUAUGACCGGAUGCGUUUUAUUAUUCAAAGAUUGUUGUGUAAUUGUUGUGGAAGGUGGAGUCAAACAGCAGAAGAAAUAUAAAAGACUUAUGAUGAAUCGCAUAAAAUGGGAAGAAGACUUGGUAAAGGACAAUGAUGGAAAUGAAGUACCUAACACCUGUCAUUUAGUAUGGGAAGGUACCACUAAGUACCGGAAUUUUGGUGAAAUUAAAUUUAAAGUUUGUCCAAUGGAAAAAAUGGCCAGGGAGUUCUUCCAGAAACAUAAAGUAGAACAUUACUGGGAUUUAGCUUACAGUGGUGCUGUUUUGGAACAGGCUGAGGAAGAAAUUUAAGAAAUGAAUAAUGUUAUUUGUAAAACAUGUAUAUAAUUAAGCAAUUUUAAUAUUAGAUA